AUGGCCGCUCCACGCUUCCAAAUUAUCUCUGACCUGCACCUCGAAACACCUAUCCAGACACCAUCGUACUCAUACUUUUCGUCACCAUCCAACUUUCCCCUCCCAACGAACCACCUCUUCCUGCUCGGCGAUAUCGGCCUAAUCACCCACUCCUCACCACUCCUUCACUUCCUGCGUUCCCUACUCUUGCGCUCCUUUUCACUUGAAAUAUUCUACGUCCUAGGGAACCACGAAUGCUACCACACGACCUUCGAAAACGGGCUAGCCAUGCUCCAAUCCUGGGACACACUCUUAAAUUCCGAGUUCGGAGCACGGUUCCACGUAAUGGAGCGUCGUAGGGUGGACAUCAGUGAGACCCUGACGCUGCUAGGCUGUAUGCUAUGGACUCACGUGCCGGAGAAUCACGCCCAAAUCGUCGCUCAAGGCGUGAAAGAUUUCGACGACAAGACCAGGAUCUGGGACCGCUCGCUCGACGACCACAACGCCGACCAUGCUCGCGAUCUAGCGUGGCUAAACGCGCAAGUCAAAGUCAUCGAAGACUCAGAGCCGCACAGGGAAAUAGUAGUGCUAACACACCAUUCGCCCACCACCGACCCCCGAGCAAACAGCAAACGCUUCCUUCCCGAGAGACCGAUGAACAGUGCGUUUCGCACCGAUCUGAGUAAGGAGAGGUGCUGGACGAGUAAGAGUGUGAAGGUUUGGGCGUUUGGGCAUACGCAUUUUAGCUGUCAGUUUGUCGACUCAACCAGUGGAGAAGGGGGUAGGAGGAAGUUGGUUGUUGCGAAUCAGAAGGGUUACGCGUAUCUUGAGGGGAUAGGGAAUUGGAAGAUUGAGCCGGUGGUUGUUGGGAGGGAGGAUGGGGUGUGGAAGGUGGUUGUUGGCGAGAGGAAAGUUGGUGAUGGGAAGGAAGAUGCAGGGAUUGAGAAGCCGAAGACUAGCGUGAGAGGGGAGGUGUUAAGAACUACAUCGCAAGGGAGUUGAGUUCAAGUAACAGUGGAAGAAACAAAGUCGACAGACAUACACUUUGCGUAUGAGUCUCGACAAAGUCAGC